GAGAAAAUUUUAGCUUAUAUUUCAUUUACAUCUCCCUCAUCUUUUGCCUUAUACAUUCCAAAUCCUUGUCAAAAUCCACGAUCCAAACACAACCUAAGUGGAAGCGGUUUACCACAAAUCUGAAUAAUUGCUGGGAUCACGAGCCUCCACAAACGAUCACAAACCCACGAACCAUGUAAUAGCACUUUCAAGCCAAUGGGUUGGUUACUAGAGUUCUCCAUGAUUUUCACACUCCAAGGCUCUCUGAUGGUAGCCUUAGAGAGAUUAAACAGAGAGGAACAGAAUAUCUUUCUGUGGAGUUUUUCAGUCGUCGUUAUGUACAACGUAUUCUUUAUGUGUAUAUAGAGAGUCUCCUACAGAUAAGGGAUGCUGUGUAGUCAUCGACAACCACCUUACAUCUACUGCUAAGAUCCCUUUAUUUAAAUAUACGAGUCUGUCAAAUAAAUCAACUUGGUACUUACUGAUAAUGAUAAGAGCGCUAAUAGCAUAUGCAGUGAUUAAUCAUUAAGUAGGCUAGUUAUAGCUAUAUAUAAACUUCAGUUUUUUUGUGUUUCUAACUUCAAAAGUUAGGCAUCAAAUCCAUGAUGCAAGGUCCAUAUUGUCUCGUGGGCUAUGGAGUUAGCCUUUUGAAAUCUCAUUGCAGAUCAGGCAUAAAUCAGAUACAUUGGAAUUUAACCCCUUAUAGCUUUUACAGAAAUUUCACUGCUUACAUGAUGCAAAUCUAAUCAAAUGCAUUUUUUAUUUGAAGAUUUUCUCCUUUCCAAAGAAUGGGAGGUAGCUAGUUUUCUUCAUGGAUGUCAUCAUUUGCAUGUACGAUUAAUUGAUGAGCUUUACGGCCCAAAUUUCAUGACUACCAUUGCUGAUCUUAAUGACAAGUGGGCAGCCUAUGCUGGUCCUGGUGGAUGGAAUGAUCCGGAUAUGUUAGAAGUUGGCAAUGGUGGCAUGACUUACCUGGAGUACCGAGCACAUUUUAGCAUCUGGGCUUUGAUGAAGGCUCCACUUUUGAUUGGCUGUGAUGUAAGAAACAUGACUGCGGAGACAUUUGAAUUACUAAGCAAUAAGGAGGUUAUUGCUGUGAACCAAGACCCACUUGGCGUUCAAGGCAGGAAAGUGCAUGUUGCAGGAACAAACGAUUGCCGCCAGGUUUGGGCUGGUCCUUUGACCGGACAAAGUCUAGCUGUUGCUCUUUGGAAUCGAUGUUCAAAAGCUGCAACUAUUACAGCUGCUUGGGGUACACUUGGACUUGAAUCCUCUACCAGUGUCUCAGUGAGAGAUUUGUGGAAG